UGAAAACUAGAUUUUUCUGAUCAACUUUAUUUCGUAUGUUUCAGGGAACCUUUUGGGGUUCCAAGUGGAGCAUGUAUGUAUGUCUAUGAUGUGUGGUGUCGUUGGAAAGGUCUAGUAAUAAAGAAUUUGAAAAUACACUUUUAGAAAUCGUAAGUGACAUACCAGUCAAAAAGUAUUCCCAAAAGAUUGAUUGCUAGUUUCUGAGAAAUCUACUAGAAAAAGUGGAAAAGUUAAGCUGGUUUUAAGUUAAAGAAAAUCAUAUUAAUUCGCAAACUAGAUGAAUUUUUCUCUCUGCGAUUGGUCUGAAGUGAGUUUUAAAAUUGACUUGACUUCGCGCUGAAAAUAAGUCAGAUAAAAUUAGAUUUCAAGAUAUAAUAAACAUUUUGAGUCUCUCGGUUCAGUUCAAACAGUAAUCGGUGCUAUAGCAGACGAAAAAAGACAUGUAAGCGGUAGAAAGUACGAAAAGUGUACAAAAUCAUGUUUUCCAUUUCGAGUGAAGCACCCACGGACAAGUGGAAUAACUUAUUUAUACGGUAUCAAAGAAUAUUUUCAAGUGAUAGAAGAAAGAUUUGAGUGUGGAUUUUGUUAACUGGGACAACUUUGAGAACCUUGAAGUCUACGAACGAAAAUUACGCAAAAACUUGCUAAUUAACAAACUAAGAGUGCGUCAGAAUUAAUGGUUUCGAUUUGUUUGUGUUAAAAACGUCAAAAUAUUUACGGAAAUCGCGAAAAAUUCGAAACCUGGAUUUACAAAUGUUUACGUUUCUCGUAAUUAUCGAAUUUAACAGGAAGUUAAACUACGAAAAUCACGAAAACAAAGUUGCAUAAGUCAUAGAAUAUCAAAAAAAAAAAAAAAACAAAACAGCAACUUGAACCAAUCGUUUCAAGAAUAACAGUAGCAAUUGUUUAUUACAAAAAAACAAAAAUAAAAAAGUAAAGUAAUUUAAAGCAAUUGUUUACAAAAUAACAAAUGAACCACGAAUUAAAGCAAUAAUUUCUACAGAAGUAGAAAUCAAAACGAGUAGAGAAUGAUGAACCAAAAAAUAUCAUCCAACAAGAUUAAUUACGUAUAAAAAUGACUUCAAUUUUAAUAAAUCAUCUAGAGACAAAACAAAUGUUGAAAAAUAUACGUAAAAAACUGUCAGUGAAAACAUUUUUCCAACUGGGACAAAAAACAUGUUUUUUUUUCGAUCGCCUGUCAUUACUUUUACUGAACUUUAAAAACAUGUAAUGAAUACAUCGUAAUCACUCAUUUAUGUGCAUCAAAUAACAUUCCAUAGUCAAUGUGCAUAAAAAUCAUCAUGAAGAUCAUUUACCCAUUUGACUAUUCUGUGUAGGCAUGGGUGUUUGCUAUAUAUUCCAAUUCUAACGAAAACAAAAAAUGCCUAAUCGUAAAAUAAACAUAACUGUGUUGAGUUAAUAAAAAGUGUUUUCUGCGAACAUCAAAAUGUCGAGUUCGGCCAACAUGCUUAGAACGCGUCGAAAAGACACAAACGUAAAACCAAACAGAAGAUUGGAUCGAAAAUCUUCCCGCGGGAUGAUCUUUGAGAACGAAGAACUGAGAUUAAAGACUAUAAAUAUAAAUGCAGAAGUGGAGAGAGGACAAAACGACAUCAAAAAAUUAAAAAGGGAGAACGACCAGCUGAGAAGGGAGAUUUGGUAUUUAAGGGACGAAUAUGAUAAAUUGGAUAAACUUCUUAGAAUGAAGCAGCUUCAGUACAUUUCUUCGUCUUCCACCAGUUGCAGUAGCGAUAGUGAUUCCUGCAGUUCGUGUACCGAAGAAACGGAAGAAAUAGAAAUGUCUCAAAACCUUGCCAAUGUCCAAAAAACCUCCAUGGGGAACUUCCACAAGGAGUUCGAUCAUUUAUCGGUGGUGCCGGAAGAAAAUUCAGCCGAAAACUCGGAAAGAAAUUCCUCCUCUAACCGCGGAUCUUCCUGUAACGACCAAUGGGACAAGGACGUCAUCAAACCCGAUCAGAGUUAUCCUUACUACGAGAACCUUUCGUCCAAAAAAGAUUCUUCUAGUAACAGCUUCUUCCCACAAAUUCUGCCCAAUCAACAUUACGAAGAAGCUUCAAACAACCAAUUCCUUGGAUUGGAACAGCCCAAUCAAAAUUUGGAAAACGACCAGCUACAUCUAAACCUGUGCGUGGGCCAAAAUCUGAAGAACUCUUUGCAAAGCGGCAGGGAGAACCUUUUGGACAACUCCCUUCCACAGUUGCUAAGACAGAACAUGGCGGAAGAUCGUCAAAAGUUUUUUGGCAUUCGAUACUACGAAAAUUUGUCUUUCUACGAUAACGAAGCGGACCAUUUUUCGAAUUUGGAAAACGCAAACAGGCUGCCCAUAUUAGAAAAAUCAGGCACAGACCUUAUUGCCAAAACAGAUAACAAAGACUUCGUAAGCCAGAGAAGUCACAGUUCAUUCAGCAACGGCGGCAAUUUAGAAGAACUACUGAACGACAUAGAAACCAUAUCCCAAGACAUACUCAAAAUAUCAAACGUCCAAAAAAGGACAAACGAAGAGAACGAAAACGAAAACUAUAACGAAACGUUAAAUGUCGAACAUCUUAAUUUCCACGUUGCCCAAAACCAUACAAACGAAAGAAAAAGCUCUCUCGAUACCCAAGACAGUUCUUACAAGAGCCAGUUGAAUCUCAUCGUCAUGCCAACCCCGAUGCCUCUCAUAGGGGUCGAAAAAUACAAACAACUGCAAAGGAGUUGUGAAAGUUUGGGAUCGCAGACUUUGGACAACCUUUCAGCGUCAAAAUCGAACCUGAAAAUCCUGGAUGAAACCUUAGAUCACCCCGCCAUUCUAAAUCAAGAACUAAAGUGCAGUGAAAAUGUCCAGCCUUUUGUGCCAGUGCCCCCAUUGUGCCCAGGAACUUCUGCCCAAGAAAUACGAAGUCCAAAUAUCAAUCAGAUGUCUAGGCCAAGGCGCCCUGAUACCCCACCCAAAUUUAGCACGUUUAAAGGAGGUUUUUCUCCACUCCUUACAACCCCGGAAAUAACUAGUGGGCUAUCUCAAAACGGGCCUGACUUGUCUUCUCAGUUAGAUAUCAAAAAAUCUCCAUUUUACUUCGGAAAUUACGAAAAUCAAGCAUUUAGUUUGGAAAAUAUCCAAGAAGACCUUCAUUCCAUCAACAUUUGCUCCAACACAACAGAGCAGAUUGUACCAUCUGGGUUAGGAUCCUUGCUCACCGCAGAAAAUGACGAGAAUCAAAAGAUAGUCUCCCAAAACGCAGAAAAAGCCGAAACAGUUGCGGAAACCAAACCUGAAACAAAACCUCCCGAAGAAACCAAAACUCCAAAGCUUAGUAUACGAAGAAAAGUUUCCAUACACUUCAAAGGUAAAAAGGACAAAAAGAAUCAAAGCCAGAUCAACGUAAAUACUGAUUCGAAACCACCUUCUGGUGGGGAAACCAAAAAGUCCCCCUUUUUCGACAUAAAAUUCCAAACUGAACUCAAAAACGACAAGAAAGCAACCCCCAAGUUGGAACCAAAGACCCCAAAUGUGGAACCGAAAACUCCAACAAGUGCAGACUCCAAAUGUUCAACUGGAGAGAACAAGAACUCCACCUGCGACACCAAAAGUUCCAAUUCCGAUCCAAAAGCUUCUUCUGGCGAACAAAAGAGUUUGACACCGAAUGGCGAAACAAAAGAUGGCAAAACAAAUGACCAAAAACAAAGGAAAAGCUCGUCGGCAAGUCCAGAACAUGGCAAACAUAAACAUGGGAAAGGAGACUCGAAAAAAUGCCACAAGAAACACAAAAAAAGUGAAAAAUUGCGGCAUCGUAAGGGUUCCCUGACAACGGACAGGAUUCUAAGGGAGAGAAGCUUCUCAGUCUGCACUGAUAGGUCCCUUGACCACAGAUUAGGACUUGGUUAUGGCUUUGGGUUAUAUGACGAUUUAAGUGACAACAGGAGCAGUGAUAGCAGUUGUGACUCGAACAUGAGCAAAAGCAGAAAGAUUUCGGUUAUUUCAAACGUACCAUCUUCAGGGAAAAUCCCUUGGUGUGGAUGUUGGGGUAAUGGCUGUUUAUGACGAUAGACUCACAUACAUGUUAAAAUUUAUGUGUGUAAUAAUAAUUUUUUUAUAAAACUUAAAAAUAUGUGCAGUAUUACAUUAAAUGCAUCAAAAAUUAAUUUAAACAGUGUAAUUUAUACCAAUAAUAUUAAAAUACGCAGCUAGGU